GUGGGGGGCGGAGGAGGGCUGGGUGAUGAUUAAUAACCGCGCCGCUGGGGCGCGGGGAGGAGCGCUCGCUGAGAACGGGCCGGGCGGGGUGCGUGGUGGAGCGCGGGCGGGACGCUUGUGGGAGGAGGGCUGGGGGCGGCCCCAACUGCUCUUCUCCCGGGUGCCGCCACCCCAGGCCCGCGGGCUCCCGGGCUCCGCCACCUGCGCCCCGCCCCUUCGGCCGCACUCCAGCCCCGGAACCGCGGAGGCGCGACCCCGCCUUGGGAAGGGCGAGGUUCCCGUCCCGACGCGCGGAUUUGUCUCUGGGCAGUAGCCCCGCCGUUCUCGGCAUGUGGCUGCGCUGAGAGCCGGCCCGCUCGCGGAUCCGGGGAGCCGGGCGUUGGCUCCCUUUCCCUGCUGUGUGAGAAGGUGGACCUGCAGCCGGCAGGAUGACCAACCCUGCGGCCGCGCAGAACCAGGAAAUUGACUGUCUGAGCCCAGAAGCUCAGAGACUGGCGGAGGCCAGGCUGGCGGCAAAGCGUGCGGCACGAGCAGAGGCCCGAGAGAUCAGGAUGAAGGAGCUGGAGCGACAGCAGAAAGAGGAAGACAGUGAGCGCUACUCCCGUAGAUCCAGAAGAAACACGUCGGCGUCUGAUGAAGAUGAUCGCGUGUCAGCGGGUAGCCGCGGAAGUCUGAGGCUGGGUGGGCAGCCCUCGGAGCACAGCGGCCACUUCAAGUCCAGCUCCCGCAGCUCCUCGAGAGGCAGCUCGGCGCGGGCCAGCCCAGUGGUUGAAGAGAGACCAGAAAAAGACUUCACGGAGAAGGGGUCUCGGGGGCUGCCUGGCCUGUCUGCAGCCACACUGGCCUCCCUGGGUGGGACUUCCUCUCGAAGGGGCAGCGGGGACACCUCCAUCUCCAUUGACACUGAGGCCUCCAUUAGGGAAAUCAAGGACUCACUAGCAGAAGUUGAAGAAAAAUAUAAGAAGGCCAUGGUUUCCAACGCUCAGCUAGACAAUGAGAAGACAAACUUUAUGUACCAGGUCGAUACGCUAAAGGACAUGAUGCUGGAGCUUGAAGAGCAGCUGGCUGAGUCCAGGCGGCAGUACGAGGAGAAAACCAAAGAAUUUGAAAGGGAAAAGCAUGCCCACAGUAUCCUCCAGUUUCAGUUUGCUGAGGUGAAAGAGGCCCUGAAGCAAAGAGAAGAAAUGCUUGAGAAACAUGGAAUAAUCCUAAAUUCAGAAGUAGCUACCAAUGGAGAGACUUCAGACCCUCUAAAUAAUGUUGGCUACCAAGGUUCUACAAAGAUGACAAAGGAAGAGUUAAAUGCCCUCAAGGCAACAGGGGAUGGGACGCUAGGAAGAGCCAAUGAAGUGGAGGUGAAAGAUGAAAUGGUGGAGAAUGAGGGGAAAAGAGAGAUCUUGCAGAACACUGAGCAGAGACAGCACAAAGAGGACCCAGGAGAGGACUGUGUGGACACAGAGGUGUUACAUCCUGGUGACAAUGCCGAGGACCAGAAAGCCUCUGAAGACAGUGCCCCCUCCCCAGGAACGUUAGUAAAUUCUGGGAACGAGGAACAGGUUCAAAGCCAGAUUCUGGAGAACACUUCCUUCUUUGAAAGCACACAGCAGGUUGAGUCAAGUGAGGUCAUAAACAGUGAACUAGAUGGUGAAGUCCCAGGUCCUGGGAUCGGGCAGCGCGGCAGUAAUGCCUUGGAUACCAAAAACCAAAGUAAAGAAUCUGCAGAAGAGUGGGAAAAAGAAAAACAGGAAGAUUUUGAAACCAAUAUGGAAGAGAUUAGCGUAGGACCACGUCAGGAAUGUGCUCCUUUGCAAAUAUCUGAAGUUGGAAGGGAGAGCAGUGCAGACACUGGGGAGCAGAGUGGGAACCCCACAGAGGCUGUGCCGGAGGCAGGGCUCACUGGGUUGGGGGAGCAGGUGGGCACAGUAGCCUCAAGUCCUCCAAGGGGUAUCGAUGACACGGUGAGUCACCGUGAAAAGUGUGAGGUAGAUGCUCCGGAAGGCUUGGACCCAAGCUCAGGGCAUGAUUCAGAGAAAGAACUCACCAACCAGGAAGUAGCUGAGCCCAAGGAGGUCCCGAUUCAGAGCACAGAGGUAGGUGGGGAGAACAACGAAGGGGAGGGUAAAGGAAGAAAAUUAAGGGAUGAGACACCCAUCAAGCCGGAAGUCCAAGCCAUUCCUUGUUCUCCAGAAGCCAGAAGCAGCCCUCAGGAGGUGACAGGUCCAAGUACGGUAGAUGCUGAAAGUGAAUCCCUAGAUGUGAAAGAGCCCGAUGAGGAAAAGAAUGACCAACAGGGAGAGGCACCGGAUUCGUCGCCCAAGAAAACGAAGAACAAGAAAAAGAAAAACAAGAAGAAAAAAUCACCAGCACCUGUAGAAACCAAAGAUGUUCAGAAAGAGUUAACAUUUCAAAACCCAGAUUUAAGUGAAGUGAAGGAAGAGCAGGUCGAACUUACUGACAAAAAGCCAGUUGUAGAAGCGCAAAAUGAGGUCACUAAAGACCCAAAACAGGACGCCGCGGUAGGAAGCAGUGAAAACGCCGAUGGGCCAGAAAAUCCUAACACUGAGCUGGAUGGAGGACUUCACCAAGACGAUUAUGGCGUAAACACCAAGACAAGGAAAGCAGUAGCUGAUGGAGACACGUUGGAUUUUGAAGAUAAUACAGUUCAGUCAUCAGGCACCAGUUCCAUUAAUAAAGAAUUAGAGGAAGGUGCUAGAAAAGAUGAUGCUGAGGAAGACGGCACCGCUCCCAGCCGUCCUCCAGGUCCAGACAGUGAGGAAGUGCCAGGCAGCACCCUGCUCCAACAUGAAGGUCCCUCGGAGAACAUUAACGAUGCCUGUCGAACAAAAGGCACAGGAGAGCAUGUGACAUCAGAAAACCGAGGCCACACAGUCAGGAAGGUUUCAGACAGCGUUAGUCUAGAAAAUGAUGACGUGGCACCAGCAGGCGAGGUGGGGGACUUUAAUUCAGAAAGCAAGGAAGAGAUGGCAGGUGGACACGGGAAGGGCAGAAACAAAGAGGACUGUGCCUUGUCGUAGGUUGAGGCGGGGUCUUAGGGGGGGACCAGGACUGCACAGCAAGUCCAACUGUGAGAGACUCCACCGGUGAGACACAGAAAAUGUUCUAGAUUGGUAUAGACGCACCGAAUGCCAGUCCACCAAGUUAUCUAAUCCUUGAAGCUGUAGACUGUUACCUGUAGAUUACUAUUUCAUCACUAAGGUUAUCACCCAGAUGAGAAGGACACUUCUCUCAUUGGAGUUAGUUCUAAUGGAGAGCGUUCCGAGAGCAUCAAACAAUAAUGUACACUGUUUUAUUUCUGCUUAAAAUCAGCAUCAAAAUAUUUAGCUUUGGCCUUAAGCUGAUAUGCAUGUGCAUAUUCUUGACCAAAUGUAUCAACAUCUAAUUGAAGCGACCAAAUAGUAUCCUGAGAUUUCCGCAUUAUGAGUAUGAUUUAAAUGAAGGUGUCUCAUUUAAAUAUACGUGCUUUCAUAUUUGAUCUUGAUAUGUAUAGUAUAACCUGUAUGGUAUUUUAUUUAAAAAGUACAUAAACGGCCAGACAGCACAUAGGUCACUGAGUGAUGAGAUUUGCAUGUUAGGACAAUAAUCAAUCAUGUUAGGGAUAGCAAAUAAACAUCUUACAGCACUAGGGAUAGCUUACUUGCCUUUACCUCAUAUAAGUAUUUUAUCUCAGACCAAUACUUUUCGAUCUCAUUCUUGAGGAUAACUGAAUUUAUUUUGUAGGAGAUUUUGACUUCAUGACAAUUAUGUACCAAAGUCAUUUUAUGCAAAGACUUCUUUUUUUUUUUUUUUAAUUCUUUUCUGGAAGAGAUACGUGUUGUAAUUGCAUUUCCUACUGCAGUAUUUGGCUAGGGAGAAUCAUUUCUAAAAUUUAUGUUUUUAACCUUAAAAUUACUUCUCUUUCUAUUUGUCUAAUCAUUAUUCAGUAGAGCAAGACAAAAAGAUGCUAUUCUUGUGCAAACUUCUGAUUAGACUCUAACGGGAUAUUUUAAAUAGUUGAAUCACUUGGUAUCUGGUAUAAAUAUUUUCAUUCGUUGUUUUUCAGUGUAUUCUUACCAGAAAUUUCUUGUUUUGAUCUUCCUGAACAAGAUAUAUAUUUUCUAUAUAAAGAAACAUUUUAAAAAUAAUUGUAAAGUUAAAUAAAAAUCCAUUAUAGAAUAUUAAAAUUACAGGGGAAUGUACAGUUUGAAUGCUGUUGACACUUUAUGAGAUCAUAUGACUUCGUAUUAUUGUUACAGGAUAUAAUUGAGUGCAAAAAUGACCAAUACCUCAACAAAAUUUGAAAUAAAAACAUUUUAUAAUUUUA